AUGUCGCUCUUGGGGACACUCAACCCGAAUCCCUCUCGAUCUCAGUCUGUGGUCAGUCACAAUACAGUGCUAUCCUCGGGCGAGCAAGAUCUCAACAUGAUCCACGACCCAGAAAAGGACGAGGAUGAAGAUACUAUGCAUGAGGAAGAAAACAGAGAGGCACUGGUUGGUCGACUAGCGCGACAGCUCACCCGGCAAUCGACUCGAUUCUCUGUGAACGGUGUAUUAGACAAUCCGUUCACCAAUGGAGAUUCUGAAUCGACACUCAAUCCUAACAGCCCCAACUUUAAGGUACGGGACUGGAUGAAGAUGUUGCUGGCCAUCCGGUCUCGCAACCCCGACAAAUACCCAGACCGGAACGCUGGUAUUGCAUUCCAGAAUUUGAGUGUCCAUGGAUUUGGAUCCCCCACCGACUAUCAGAAAGACGUCCUAAACUCGGUGCUGGAGCUUGGGACCAUGGUCCGCCGACUGGCUGGCCUGAAACUUCAAAAGAUUCAGAUCCUGCGUGACUUCGAUGGUCUUGUAAGGAGCGGAGAAACACUGGUGGUUCUGGGAAAGCCAGGUAGUGGGUGUUCAACUCUACUCAAAACCAUUGCCGGUGAAAUGAAUGGCAUUGAGAUGUCGGAGGAGUCGAUGCUCAACUAUCAGGGUAUCCCUGCAAGCGAAAUGCAAAAUUCCUUCAAAGGCGAAGCGAUCUACGCAGCAGAGACUGACGUCCACUUCCCCCAGCUCUCCGUUGGCGACACCCUCAUGUUUGCGGCUUUAGCCAGAGCCCCCCGAAACCGUCUUGAAGGGGUGGGAAACAAGCAAUAUGCCGAACAUAUGAGAGACGUGGUCAUGGCAAUGCUUGGUCUUUCUCAUACAAUAAACACCCGGGUUGGAAAUGACUUCAUCCGUGGUGUUAGUGGAGGCGAGAGGAAACGCGUUAGUAUUGCAGAGGCAACUCUCAGUCAGAGCCCCUUGCAGUGCUGGGACAAUAGCACAAGAGGCCUUGAUAGUGCCAAUGCGCUCGAGUUCUGCCGAAAUCUCGCUCUUAUGAGUAAAUACUCGGGAACCACAGCUUGCGUUGCUAUCUACCAGGCUUCGCAGAACGCCUACGAUGUCUUCGAUAAGGUAACAUUACUUUAUGAAGGAAGGCAAAUCUACUUUGGGCGGACCACCGAGGCUAGGAAAUACUUUGAAGACAUGGGCUAUGAGUGCCCAGAGCGUCAAACCACGGCAGACUUCUUGACGUCGAUCACCAGUGCUGCGGAACGUGUGGUUCGGAGUGGAUUUGAAGGCCGCGUUCCUCGCACUCCUGAUGAAUUUGCGGCAGCAUGGAAGGGAAGCGAAACACGUGCUAAGCUACUCCUUGAAAUCAAGGAGUAUGAGGCAAGUUACCCCAUAAAAGGUAGCUCCUAUGAUGCAUUUGUCGAUGCUCGACGGGCUAUCCAGGACAAGCGCCAGAGGGUUAAUUCACCUUAUACCAUUUCGAUUUGGAACCAGAUUUCCCUCUGUGUGACCCGCGGCUUCCAGCGCCUUCGAGGAGACUAUAGCUUGACAGCGACAGCUUUGGUUGGCAACUUUAUAAUGGCUUUGAUUAUUGGAUCGGUCUUUGUGAACCUUCCUAAGGAUACUUCUAGCUUCUAUGCUCGGGGAGCUCUUUUGUUCUUUGCCGUCCUCCUCAACGCCUUCUCCAGUGCAUUGGAAAUCCUGACCCUAUACGCCCAACGCCCGAUUGUUGAGAAACAAGCCAGAUACGCCUUCUAUCACCCUUUUGCAGAGGCACUUGCAUCGAUGCUCUGCGAUACGCCAUAUAAACUGAUCAACUCAUUUACCUUCAACAUACCAUUGUACUUUAUGACCGACUUGCGUCGCGAAGGUGGAGCGUUCUUUACCUUUUGGCUGUUCUCGAUCAUGACUACGUUCACAAUGUCAAUGAUAUUCAGAACCAUUGCGGGAACUUCUCGAUCUCUCUCCCAGGCAUUGGUCCCAGCCGCCAUUUUGAUUUUGGGUAUGGUCAUCUACACUGGCUUCGUCAUUCCCACCCGAAAUAUGCUUGGGUGGUCUCGCUGGAUGAAUUACAUCAAUCCAGUUGCCUACGCGUUUGAAAGUUUUAUGGUCAAUGAAUUCCAUGAUCGAUACUUUGAAUGUGCUGCUGUUGUUCCCUCUGGUGGUCAAUACGAGAGUGUCUCCAUGGAUCAUCGCAUCUGCUCAACCGUCGGUGCCCAGUCAGGCUCCACAAGUGUGUCUGGAUCUUUGUAUCUCAGCCAGAGCUUCGGGUAUCUGAAGAAAAAUCUGUGGAGGAACCUUGGAAUUCUCUUUGCCUUCCUGAUAUUCUUCAUGUUCACUUAUCUUCUCGCCACCGAGUAUAUCUCCGAAAAAAAGUCCAAAGGCGAAGUGCUUCUGUUCCGCCGAGGUCAUCAGCCAAAACUUGCUGGGGAGAGUGAUUUAGAGGUAUCCUCGCAACCUUCUGCAGUCGCCAAGACAGAUGAGUCCCCUCCCCAAGCGACCGCAAUUCAGCGGCAAACCGCGAUCUUCCACUGGCAGGAUGUGUGUUACGAUAUCAAGAUUAAAGGAGAACCGAGAAGAAUUUUGGACAAUGUUGACGGCUGGGUCAAGCCUGGGACCUGUACCGCAUUGAUGGGUGUCUCUGGGGCUGGAAAAACGACUUUGCUUGACGUGCUCGCAACCCGAGUCACAAUGGGUGUUGUCACUGGUGAAAUGCUCGUCGACGGACAUCCUACUGAUCAAUCCUUCCAACGAAAAACUGGAUAUGUUCAACAGCAGGACUUGCACUUGUCUACGUCGACAGUUCGGGAAGCCUUGGUGUUUAGCGCCUUGCUACGUCAACCUGCCACAGUUAGUCGACAGGAAAAGAUAGACUAUGCCGACGAGGUCAUCAAGCUUCUUGGUAUGGAGGCGUACGCCGAUGCUAUCGUUGGUGUCCCAGGUGAGGGAUUGAACGUUGAACAGCGGAAAAGAUUGACGAUAGGUGUGGAGCUUGCCGCAAAACCCCAGCUCUUACUAUUCCUUGAUGAACCUACGAGUGGUUUGGAUAGUCAAACUUCUUGGUCCAUUCUUGACCUCAUCGACACGCUCACAAAGCACGGACAAGCAAUUCUCUGCACAAUCCACCAACCUUCGGCGAUGUUGUUCCAGCGAUUCGACCGCCUUCUUUUCUUAGCUAAAGGGGGUAGAACGAUUUAUUUUGGUGAGAUUGGCGAAAACUCGUCCACUUUGUCGAACUAUUUCGAACGGAAUGGUGCUCACCAUCUGACCCCUGGAGAAAAUCCCGCAGAAUGGAUGUUGGAUGUUAUUGGUGCAGCACCGGGUACGCACAGCCAAAUUGAAUGGCCAAAGGUCUGGCGGGAGAGUCCGGAGUAUGAAAAGGUGAAAGAACACCUCUCGGAGCUGAAAUCUACCUUGUCUUCCAGCUCAAACGGUGAUUCUUCGCCUGACGCAUUCCGGGAAUUUGCUGCACCUUUCUACAUCCAGUUGUGGGAAUGUCUUCUACGUGUGUUUGCACAAUACUUCCGAACGCCCACUUACAUCUGGUCAAAAGCUGCCCUUUGCAUUAUCACAUCGCUAUAUAUUGGAUUCUCCUUUUUCCGGGCCAAGAAUUCCAUCCAAGGCCUCCAGAACCAGAUGUUUAGUGUGUUUAUGUUGAUGACAAUUUUUGGCAAUUUGGUGCAGCAGAUCAUGCCAAACUUUGUUACGCAACGUUCUCUUUACGAGGUGCGAGAGCGUCCGUCCAAGGCGUACAGCUGGAAGGCGUUCAUGAUCUCGAAUAUCCUGGUGGAAUUGCCAUGGAACACACUUAUGUCGGUCUUGAUAUUUGUGUGCUGGUAUUAUCCAAUUGGCUUGAAUAGGAAUGCAGAGCCGGAUAAUGCAGUGAGCGAACGAGGAGCCCUUAUGUUCCUACUGAUCUGGACAUUCUUGUUAUUCACCUCGACCUUUGCGCACAUGGUGAUCGCAGGAAUUGAACUGGCCGAGACUGGUGGAAAUAUUGCGACACUGUUAUUCUCCCUGUGCUUGAUCUUCUGUGGUGUUCUCGCCACCAAGGAGGCCCUACCUGGAUUUUGGAUCUUCAUGUACCGUGUUUCGCCAUUUACCUACUUGGUUUCAGCGAUGCUUUCGACAGGUGUUUCGGGUGCUGAUGCAUUCUGUGAGGCAGUCGAGUUCCUAAAGUUCGACCCUCCAGACAACCAAACUUGCCAAGACUACAUGGGUCCCUUCAUCAAAAUGACUGGGACCGGAUACCUGAAAGACCCUCAGGCUACAUCUGACUGCUCUUUCUGCACUGUCAGCAAAACGAAUACAUACCUUGCGCAAAUCUCCAGCGAUUUUGCUGAUGCUUGGCGGAACUUUGGCCUGAUGUGGGUGUAUAUCGCGUUCAAUAUCUUUGGCGCGUUGUUCAUCUACUGGCUUGCUCGCGUUCCAAAGGGGAAGAAGGUAUCAAAGCGUACCUAG